AUUGCAGGGAAGUCUGUCCCGACGCGGCCGCCGUAGCGAGACGCACUUCCGGCGUCGAAGAAGACUGUAGGGGAGCUGGGAGCGCGAUGGGUCAAAGUCAAAGUGGUGGACAUGGUCCAGGAGGUGGCAAGAAGGAUGACAAGGACAAGAAAAAGAAGUAUGAGCCUCCUGUUCCAACUAGAGUGGGGAAAAAGAAGAAGAAAACAAAGGGACCAGAUGCUGCCAGCAAAUUGCCACUUGUAACACCUCACACACAGUGCAGGCUAAAAUUAUUGAAAUUGGAGAGAAUUAAAGAUUAUCUUCUCAUGGAAGAAGAGUUCAUCAGAAAUCAAGAACAAAUGAAACCUCUGGAAGAAAAGCAAGAGGAAGAACGAUCAAAGGUGGAUGAUCUGAGAGGGACCCCAAUGUCUGUAGGGACCUUGGAGGAGAUCAUUGAUGAUAAUCAUGCUAUUGUGUCUACCUCAGUGGGAUCAGAGCAUUAUGUCAGCAUUCUAUCAUUUGUAGACAAGGAUCUGCUAGAGCCAGGAUGUUCUGUGCUUCUCAACCAUAAGGUUCAUGCUGUGAUAGGAGUUCUGAUGGAUGACACAGAUCCUCUUGUUACGGUAAUGAAAGUAGAGAAGGCCCCCCAGGAGACAUAUGCUGAUAUUGGUGGAUUGGACAACCAAAUUCAAGAAAUUAAGGAAUCUGUGGAGCUUCCCCUCACUCAUCCUGAGUAUUAUGAGGAGAUGGGUAUUAAACCACCUAAAGGAGUCAUUCUCUACGGCCCGCCUGGCACAGGUAAAACCUUGUUAGCCAAAGCUGUAGCAAACCAGACCUCAGCUACAUUCCUCAGAGUUGUUGGUUCUGAGCUUAUACAGAAGUACUUAGGAGAUGGGCCCAAGCUUGUUCGAGAAUUGUUCCGAGUAGCUGAGGAACAUGCUCCAUCGAUUGUUUUCAUUGAUGAAAUUGAUGCCAUUGGGACCAAAAGGUAUGAUUCAAAUUCAGGUGGAGAAAGAGAAAUUCAGCGAACAAUGUUGGAAUUAUUGAACCAGUUGGAUGGGUUUGACUCUAGAGGAGAUGUAAAAGUGAUUAUGGCCACAAACCGAAUAGAGACUUUGGAUCCAGCACUAAUCAGACCAGGCCGUAUUGACCGAAAGAUUGAGUUCCCUCUGCCAGACGAAAAGACCAAGAAGCGCAUUUUUCAGAUUCAUACAAGCAGAAUGACUUUGGCAGAUGAUGUAACUUUAGAUGAUUUGAUCAUGGCUAAAGAUGACUUGUCUGGAGCAGAUAUUAAGGCAAUUUGUACAGAAGCUGGUCUCAUGGCCUUAAGAGAACGUAGAAUGAAAGUAACAAAUGAAGACUUCAAAAAAUCUAAAGAAAAUGUACUUUAUAAGAAACAAGAAGGCACCCCAGAGGGACUGUAUCUCUAAUUGAACCAUGCUGCCUUCAUGAGAGUUGUUGGGAGCUUUCCAAACCCCCUGAACUAAUAACACUGGGAGAACUGAAGGGGCACAUGUGCUCCAGUAGGCCUUUCUGAGCAAAGGGUUUUUUUAUAUAUUACUCAAAUAGGAUGUGUGGGGUACCUAUUGAACUGUGCUAGUCUUUUGUUCACUGUGCUACACUGUAUUCCACAAUAAAAUAUUCGCUUUCAGAAGGCA